UUAAAUAAACUUUGACACAUUUAAGAAUAUGAAAUUUGUAUCGUUCAAAUUCCUUCUACAGUUGCCAUGUAAUAGACAUAAAUACAUAGAAAAGGGUUCAAAAUUCCUGCCUUGUUGCUGUUGCUAAAUUUCAGUCAUACCAAGGACAAAUCAUGAGCUCUCCCGUGAAAAACCGAUCAGUAUCCAAGGGUCUGAAGGUGGCGAACCAGGCGCCGCAUGUCCUCUCCGAGGUACCAGUCACCUUCAACGUGACGCAAUUGGACAGUCAUGGUCUGUGCAGCGGUCGAGGCGUCCAACUGCCGCCGCUGAUGACCAAGGGGCAGAUUCGGCCGGAGCAAGUGGCCAAUGCCCGGUUCCGGCUUCUGGAUCCGCAUUCCAAGGCUCUCAGCGAUCAGCAGUUUAAUGCACUGAUCAAGCGGCUGGUCAAGUGCUUCAUGUCAGAGGUGGCUAUUACAAAGAAGUUGCGCAAGCUGACCGCCCACCCAAUCCCAUCCCAUCCCCGACCCACCGGUGGGGAUAUGAUCCGCCAUCUGGAGACCCUCCGACGCAACUACGAGGCCGAGCGCUCCGACCUCGUUGUGAAGCUCAGUCUGGACAAUAGGUUUAAUGCUGCUGGCGUUCGAUCCGCCAGCUCAUACAAAAAGUCCAGAUCGCUUAACCUAUAUCCUAAGCGCAAGGAGACCACGCUCGUAACUACUCCCGAUGAGCCGCAUUGCCCAGAUAUUCGACACGCCUGCUCUAAGAAGCGUCAGGCCGGAGGAUCUUUGGUCGCAGGGCCAACCAAUGGGCCAAUUAGUGUCCGUAAUAAUAUUGUUACGCCAUCGCGUCUAUCUCAAAAGCUCCAGGCUAAGCUAAACCGAUUGAAAAGGUGUCGCGAGCUUACGGUUGAAGCCGAUGAAAUGUCCCUGCCCACCACCACCGAAACUUCCAUGACCUCGACCAACGAGGUGCCACAAACAGGUCCUGUGCAAUCCACCAGCGAAACUGACGUAUUCUACGAUAUGGCCACCGUCGCGAUGGAUACUUUUUAAAUCUCAGACUGCACUUUCCCUUUUAUUUUGUCCCAAUUUAAAUAAGUUUCAACACUGGUAUGGUAUAACAAGAAUAAACUAAAAGAAGGAUA